AUGAACAAUGUCGCACAACUCUCCGCCGAUAAAUGUACCCUACUCGCUGUCCACUAUGCCUCCGAGUCGAACAUCGAUGCUCUAUACACCCUCACUCCUGCGCGAUUAGAUGCUCUCCCUCCCGAGCUGAUACUGCGAAUCCUUCUUACCUACCUCCCCGAAACCGUCGAACCAUCUACCUACACUUCCUACGUUCGUGAGGUCGCAACGCGGUUGUACCUUGAGCAGCGAGAGACGUCGGCUGUGGACACUACCCCUGUGGACGAUAUAUCCGAUGGGCAAGCAAGGAAGAGAGUUCAGCGGCUACACUUGCUGCCUCUUGCACACUCGUCUUUGCCCCCAGAUAUCUCGAGAGACAUUUUGACGGCUUUCCUGAUUCACCGGGCGUACCGUAUAGAUGCGCAGACUGGCUUGUUGAAUCUAGUCUCGAAACUCGCUGUCUCCUUUCUCGACCACUCAAACUUCUUGCGAACAUGGUAUAUCGCUAGGGUACUUCCUUUGUUACGACUGGGCUACGAGUACUAUCCGGACAAUGACUCCACACCCUCUCUAGAAGCAUUCAUCAACUGGAAGGCGGCUAAAUCAGUUGAAGUGCUUCUGUCGAGAAGCCAGGAGAAGCAUGACGCUUCCUCAGAGACGGGCAACAUGGGGAGAGACCUACGUGGGCUGGUAGGGCCCUGGAUGUACGGGCACAACGAAAGGAAGCGGCGGAAACUAAAUUCUGGUCCAGCACGAUACGGCGCAGCUUCACAAGAGGCCCGCCGCAUGAGCGUGGGCCGAAACGACCAGGAGCUGGAACUUGACCACGAGUGGGAACACGUCUUCACCUGGCUUGCACACGAGGCAAGGCAGCGCUUUGACAUUGUCGCUGAAGCUAUUGAAGAUUGGGGUGGACCCGGCGAUGUUGAUCUAGGAGGCUACGCAGAUGAGGACCAAUAUCUGGACGAGGAAGAGCGGCGGAAGCUCCGCGCGCGAUACGCGCAGGCAGCUUACGCCUCAGUCUAUGCCGCCGAGACGGAUGAGCCAAAAAAUCUUGAGAACGCUCACGCGAUCCUCGUGCGAUUGGCAGAUUUGAUGGACUUCGAACCUCCCCCGGACCUUGCAACGAGCGUGGAAUUACUUCCAAGGUUGGAUACUCAUGCAUCAGGGCUGUUCGACACCUCCGCAGCUGUUCUACAGCCGGAUAUGCUAUUGCAGCCUAACCAUCCCUUAACGACACCGAAACUUGAAACUUUCUCGCUUCUGCAGAUGUUCGUCUAUUCUUCUUACCAGCUCUCUGGCCUCGGCCAUCAUGUCUCAGUCGUAAAGACUGCCAAGAUUCGCUUUCAGCACGACGAGGACGAACAAUUUAGCAUGAUGCAGAAAAUUCUGCACUCACUGUCAAACAAGUCCAUCACCGAUGACGAGCAGUGGAAGUCAAUCAGGAACAAGCUGUUCUGGCUAUGGAGCUGGGGCAUGGCCGCCGAAGACGAGCCAGCCCAAUACGGCGCCGGGAUCUUCGGGAAAGUCGACAGAUUUGUACUGGAGAAAGAGAUUCUGAAAACGCUGCUAUACGCAGGCCGAUACUCGCUCGUCGUCGAGAUUUACGACGGAGUAUCAGAGGAUCAUCAUAACCGGCUGCCACCAGCCGAGACGGAGGAGGUGAUACUAGCUUCAGUCAUGCACUUCUACGAUAAUGCCAGCAACGGCAACAGAACAAGAGGAGGCAUGAGAAAGGCCUCGGACAUCUUGGCUGCCUUCCAACCUUAUUUUCCGGGGUCUGCUGCGUUUCGUCGCUGUGAGGCGCUUCUAGCAGCUACGCACGGUCUGUCAUUCUAUUCGCUAACCCUUCAACACGGGGUUCCCUUCCAGCCUGUCGAUAUCCGAGUACGCAACGAUCCAGUGUCACUCCUCAAGAGAGUUCUGGAGCAGAACCCACGAAGCUACACCAAACUCGACGACCUCAUCAGCAUUGGCCAAAACCUAGUCGCAUCCGGCAUCACCGAGAUGAAACAGGAUUGCCCAAUCAUCGAACCCUCUCAAGAGGAAAUGGAGCAACAGAAGCGAGCCGCAGAGCGGCGGAUAACCGGCAUGGCCAUCGAAGCGGCACUCGCUGAAGAUGAUUUCGAGACAGCGUAUUCAUACGUCGUGAACCGCCUUAACCCACCUUCACCCUCAGCUCCAGCACCCCAGACACCUGGCUCAAGGCCUUCGAGCCGAAAGCCCUCACUACGCUCAGGUUUCUCAUCGUACCGUCGGCGAGAAGAAGAGGACGACAUCUCCUGGCGCGCCGCGCUGCAAGCCGGGCGGUACCGCAGCCCCAACGCCUCCCUCUCCUCAUCCCACACCUCUAUCACAUCCACAGGGCGACCAGACCUACGUCGUCUCGAACAGCGGAUGGAGUUACUAUCACAGGCUCUACUCCUAGCACCCCCAUCCGCACUGCCAGAAGUACUGGCCGUCUGGCGCCGGUGCGAAGAGGAGAUGACCACGCUUCUAGCGCAGGAAGCCGAAGAGGAGCAGCGCCACAACGACCGCGCGGAUCGCAGGAUCCCCGGCGGCUUCGGCGACACCUACAUCCCUGUGAUCCAGCCGCGGCGGGAGAUGGGGCGAGGAGCGGUCGAGGAGGCGCCGAUGGCCCUGUUCGAUGUUGCGAGGGGUGCUGCGGCGGCGUUUGGGCGGAGUGCCUUUCCGCUGCGGGGCGCUGCGAGAGAGGCUGGUGGGCAGCAGGGCCAUUCCAGGAAUGUGUCGUCGCCUACGAGCGACACGGAGAGUAUUGGUGCUGGGAGUGAUGGGGAGGGGCAGAGGGUUAGGAAGAGAGAUUUGGUUGCUAAUGCUGUGACUGGAGGUCUGGCUUCGGGGCUUGGAUGGGUGUUGGGUACGCGGACUUUUCCCCUAAUCGACUUUGCUCGGUUGCGAGUUAGUUCUAUACGGGGCUCAGCUAACUGCAUGUAG